CGUCAAUCAUAUGAACAUCGCAUCCAGACGCGCAGCGUCUAGUUAAUCCGGAGUUCGGUGAGAUUUUGACGUCGAUUUAUUUGAAAGUGUUGAACGUAUUUAACCACAAAAUAUUGCCGUAACAAAGACGAAGGACAGAUUAAUAAGAGAAACUCCAAGCUUAUUGAUAAUGGCGCUGUUUCCUACAGAGUAUUAUAACCGAACGAGAAAAAAUUAUUGAGAAACCACCAAAUAGGAAAUUGGAAGGACUAUGGAUGACUAUCUAACCGAUUAUGACGAUAUUGAUUCUCAUUCGAUAUUCGAUUGGGCAGAAUUGAUACCCACGCUAUUCGUAUAUGGCUUCAGUUUUAUUUUGGGCCUGACUGGAAAUUGUUUAAUCAUAUUUACAACGUUUCGUUACAGAAGAAUGCAAAGCGUCACGAACAUGUUUCUGUCUAGUUUGGCAUCGUCAGAUUUGUUGUUGAUCAUAUUCUGCAUACCGGUGAAGGUAGCCAAAUUAUUUUCAUAUACUUGGACUAUGGGUGUAGUCCUAUGUAAAAGUGUCCACUAUAUGCAAAACGUAUCUGCGAUAUGUUCCGUAUUAACUUUGACAGCCAUAAGUAUCGAAAGGUAUUAUGCCAUUGUUCACCCAAUGAAAGCAAAAUAUGUAUGUACUCGAAGUCAAGCUAAGCGAAUCAUAUUUUUCAUAUGGUUGGUAUCAAUUUUGUUUGCUUUUCCCACCAUACUCGUCCAGAUUCAAAUGCCUGUGGGCAAAAACAGCGAAUACCGUUGGUGCGUGAGAGAUUGGGGUAACAAAGUACUGUGGAGAUUCCACGAACUUUACAUGAUGAUCUUAAUUUUAUUAUUUCCAUUUUUCAUAAUGACGUAUUCUUAUGCACGAAUUUGCUGUGAAGUGUGGAAACUAAUGGAACGGCGUUGCGACAUGGUCAGGGAACGAAUAAUCGAGAGCAAAAAACCACCGGAACAAUUAGAGGAAUCAUCUGUCGAUCCGGAUCACGUGGUCAAAAGCAAAAUAUCGCGAGUGAAGAAUUUUCGCGACGACACCAUUAUGGUCAAACAAGUUAUCUACAUGUUGGUUACGGUAGUGACGUUAUUUGCGAUUUGUUGGUCGCCACUUCUAGUGGACAACAUUUUGAACGCUUAUGAUAUAUUAUGUCCCGAAAGAACCGGCGCUUUAAAGUAUAUGUCAAGCGCAUUCCAUUUAAUGGCGUAUUUCAACAGUUGCGUCAACCCGAUCAUUUACGGUUUCAUGUCCAAAAGCUUCAGGGAAAGUUUCAUGCUGGCACUAUGCUGUACAUCAGAUGCCCACGUGCGUAUGCGCAGGGGUGGGAGCAACUACAGUAUCAAAUAUAUAUCUAGGAACGGGUCCCAAACAAGAACUACCGACCUCAAGAGGCAGGAGUCGUCACUGCUGGUAAAUGCAACCAAGAACACAUGAAUAGUAGGUACGUCAAAAAUACUGCCGAUACAGAUUUUUGACUUGUCUGAUAACAAACAGUUAGCUACGUUUAUUUAUUACCAGAGUCGUCGUCUACUAAUAUUUGUGUGAUAUCAUUAUCAAAAUAAUAAUCCAAAAAACGUUUAAGUAUGAAUUUUGGAAAGUCAAAAUCAAAAUCUUGCUACUUUUACUUAUUUUUAUGGUCGGUAAGUCGGUAGAGGUCUUGGAUUGGUCUGAUAACAAAACUUUAUCAAUAGGCUAAGUGUAUUUAUUGUUAUAGUCGUUGUUUACUAUAGUACACGUACAUGUGAUAAUUCCCAGAAAAUUAUGUAUUUGGGAAAAUAGGAACCUUGCAUUUUUUUACAAAAAAUAAUAUAUGUAUAUAUACAUACAUACAUAUGCACCCGUUUUUAAGAGAGAUUAUGUGAUUAAAUAUAAUUUAUAUGAGAUACAAUUAUCAAAAUAAUGGUAGAGUUUAUUAUUUUGGUAAUAGGUAUAUAGAUUUUUUAUUGUCUAAUAUCAAACUGUUGCAUAAGUUUACUAAUUGUAAAAUUUGUUGUCAAAAUACAUGUGAUACAAUAUCCAAAAUAAUCGAGAAAUGUUGCAAUUUAUUAUACAAAGAAAUUAAAUUAUUAUUAUUAUUAUUAUUACAAUUAAGACUGACAA